GCGCGUAUUUACAGUGGGAACCAUCUGCUUUCUUGUGACCGACCAAACCGGCCACAGUAAAGUUAAAAUUAAUAUUAUUAAUAAAACGUGGUGAAGCCGUUGAACCUGGUGCUUCCUGUCCGGCAGAGGGCUGCCUCUGCUCUGCUGCUGAAUAUAGGUCACACGCUGUCUGACAACACCUCUCUGGAUUUGCUGACAGGCGAGACUCACUUCCUUUCUUCCUCGGGACAGGUCUCCUCUUCCCAGUGGGAGCAAAGAGAGACCAUGCGACCUCAUUGUCAUGUGCUGAAGAUCAGUGUGUGGUGAGCUGUGUUUGACAUUAGCAGAGAUGAAGGCUGGAGUCAGGGCGCAGGUUUUGGACAGAGCUGCAGCCACCUGCAUCCUAACGCUGUGUCUGGGCUGUUUACACGUGAUCGCCCUCAAACCCAAACUUUUCACCAGGUUUGGUGGGUCAGCUUACUCAACUGAGACUCCCAUCAGCUAUGAAACACUUUAUUUUGACCAGAGGAUUGAUCAUUUUGGCUUCCUAGAGGAUGGCACCUUCAAACAGCGGUACCUUGUGGCAGACAAACACUGGCAGCAGCCUGGAGGACCCAUUUUGUUCUACACCGGCAAUGAAGGCGACAUCACAUGGUUCUGCAACAAUACUGGAUUCAUGUGGGAAGUUGCGGAGGAGUUGGGCGCCAUGCUGGUAUUUGCAGAACAUCGUUACUAUGGAGAGUCCCUGCCAUUUGGACAAGACUCUUACAGUGACAGCAAACACCUGAACUACCUGACCUCAGAGCAGGCCCUGGCAGAUUUUGCAGUGCUUAUUCAGAAUCUGAAGAGCACUUUACCAGGAGUGCAGCAAAGCCCUGUCAUUGCUGUUGGAGGUUCCUAUGGAGGGAUGCUAUCUGCUUGGUUCAGGAUGAAAUACCCCAAUAUAGUAGUUGGAGCUCUGGCAGCCUCCGCACCAAUAUGGCAGUUCCCUGGUAUGGUGCCAUGUGGGAACUUCUACAAAAUAGUCACACAGGACUUUGCCAGAAGUGGAUAUAACUGUGAUGCGAACAUCAGAAUUUCAUGGAAGGCUAUUAACAAUGUCUCUUCCACUGCGUCUGGUCUUGAGUGGCUGUCUGAAGAAUUCAGUUUAUGCACCCCCCUUAAAAACAAGAAUGAUGCUGUCGGCUUCAAGAACUGGCUUCAGGAGACUUGGGUAAAUCUGGCAAUGGUGGACUACCCCUAUGAAGCGAAUUUUCUGCAGCCUCUACCUCGCUGGCCAAUCCAGGUGGUGUGCAAGUAUCUUGCUUUCGAGUCCACCGUGUCUGACUACCAGCUGCUGCACGGUGUGUCCCAAGCAGCAAAGGUCUACUACAACUACACUGGAAGUGCCUCCUGUCUCAACACAUCUCAGACGGCAACCGGCAGCCUCGGGUUCCUCGGCUGGUUUUACCAGGCCUGCACAGAGAUGGUGAUGCCCAUGUGCACAGAUGGCGUUCAGGACAUGUUUGAACCUGAGGAAUGGAACUUCCAGGCCUUUUCUGAUGAGUGUAACUCCAUGUUUGGUGUCAGGCCACGAGCAGACUGGGCGGGCACAGUCUAUGGGGCAAAGGACAUCGCCUCUCACAGCAACAUCAUCUUCAGUAAUGGAGAACUCGACCCCUGGUCGGCUGGUGGGGUGACUCACAACAUUACAGAUUCUCUGGUUUCCAUUAUGAUUCCUGAUGGAGCUCAUCACUUGGACCUCCGCUACAGCAAUGACUAUGACACGCCUUCAGUCCGUGCAGCGCGGGCGUUAGAGGUGAUGUAUUUUCGAGAGUGGAUCGGACAGGCUAAAAAAACACCUCAAACUGCAUCAAUUCCUUAGUCCCUGAAAGCAGCACAAUGUUACCUGACUGGGAUAUUCUUGAUAUCCAGGAUUGCUUAGCUUUAAUUUACAUGGUAUUUCACAGGGUGCUCUAGGAAUCUUUAUGCCAAAGUUUGUGCCUUUUUUAAUCAGUGUUAGAGAUAGGUUUUAAAACAUUAAGUACUGACUUUUAUGUAAAAAUGUAGACA